CAAGUGGCAUUUUUUUGUUCCGAGUUGAAAUGGGAGAUAGAAGGACAUUGUUGCUUCUAGUGCUGGUACUUUUCUCUGCACUAGUGUCCUUUGUUGGUGCCUAUGAAGAGGAAGAAAGCGAACAAACGACACAAGGAGAAAAAUGGUUCUUGUUGCGUCAGUUACAUAAUGUUGUGAAAACUAAUGCUGGGUCUAUGAGAAUGGUGAAGGGUGGGUAUCGAGCGGGUUCAUUUCUCCAUAGUCCAAUGCAUAUUGGUUUCAUCUCCAUGGAACCAAAUAGUCUCUUCAUCCCUCAAUACCUUGAUUCCGAUCUGGUCCUCUUUGUUCACCAUGGGGAAGCAAGAGUUGGACACAUCUAUAGGGAUGAAUUAGCAGAGAGGCAUUUGAAGCAUGGUGAUGUUUACACAAUUCCUGCUGGAUCAGCUUUCUAUUUGGAGAAUAGACUUGAAAAUCAGAGACUUCGCAUAAUUUGUAGUAUUGAAAUUACCUCAGAAUCCAUGGGAUGGCAUGCUUUCCAGUCUUUCUUCAUUGGCGGUGGAAUUCAUCCUGCAUCCGUUCUUGCUGGAUUCGAUCAUACCACGUUAGCAGCUGCUCUUAAUGUCUCGACAACAGAAUUAAACACGUUUUUGACCAGGCAAACUUCCGGUCCAAUCGUGCAUCUAUCUGGUUCUCAUCACACAAAUAUGUGGUCCGAAUUCGUGGCCCAAGAACCCCAUCAAAAACUAGCUCACAUGAAGACGAUUGUAAAUUUUAGGGAAGAAGCUAGCCCAAAAGAGGAGAAAUCAACAUGGUCAUUGAGGAAAUUUUUGUUUAAUUUAUUAAACAGAGAAGAUGAUGUCAAUCAUAAAGCUCCAUCAGCAUACAAUCUCUACAACAGGAAGCCCAAUUUCAAGAACGACUAUGGAUGGAGCAAGAAUGUGGAUGAGUCUCACUAUUCUCCUCUAAGACAAUCUGGCAAUGGCGUUUACCUUGUCAAUCUAUAUCCGGGAUCCAUGAUGGCACCUCAUGUUAAUCCAACAGCAAUAGAGUAUGGAGUAGUGUUGAAAGGGACCGGCAGGAUCCAAAUUGUAUAUCCAAAUGGGACUUUAGCAAUGAAUGCCAGAGUAGGAGAAGGGGAUGUUUUUUGGGUGCCAAGGUACUUCCCUUUCUGCCAAAUUGCUUCGACGAAUGGCCAUUUUGAGUUUUUCGGCUUCACAACAUCAGCAAAGAGGAAUCAUCAACAGUUCUUGGUGGGUAAGAACUCAUUGAUGCAGAGAUUAAGAGGGCCAGAAUUUGCAGCUGCAUUUGGAAUUGGCGAGAAAAGGCUUAAGAGGAUUGCCAAUGCUCAACGUGAACGAGUCAUCUUGCCUUCAUGGUCGUCGGAUUCUCCACAUGACAAGGCAUCAGAGCCAAAGACGACCAAUUUUGAGAGGAUUGUCGGGAGCUUGGGCAGUGACAUGAUCAUGGGUUUCGAUUAGUUUAAUUUGUUUAG